AUGUUACUGUUUGUAGCAUUUGCGCUUGCAGAGGACAUCUGCCUGGUCCAGCAAAGUGGGAGCGAAGUGACAUAUAAGAGAGUUCUUCCCGGUAAACACUCUACAGCAUGUCCGUGUACAACAAAUGAAUGCGAACUUGAGCUAAUGAAUUGCCCACUGAGCACCGUGACCGUCAAGGAACCCUUCAAAAUAUUUUCUGCGCACUGCAAAAACAUUAACAAAAAAAGACGCGUCGAAUUGACACAAGAAGUUAUUAGCACUGUUAAUGUGUCUGAUGUACAUGUUUUGUUUCCAUCAAACAAUAAAGUGUAUAACGUCAUCACAUCUGGAACAACUGUUCUACAUGUCAACGGGACCAAAAUAGAACAAUUGAAAGUUUUGGAACACGCGAAUUUGACUAUCUCCGCAUGCAAACAAGACGACCAUUGUUUGAUCGAUAUUGGAAAAGCUAGCUUUGAUAAGAUAGAUUCUUUUGUUGUUGGGGAAGGUCACAAAAUUUCGAUUAACGAAUUGGUGAUGUCUGCAAACCAAAAUCCUAUUUUGCAGAUUGGGACUUUCUCAUCUUUUAAAGUUGAUAAAGCGGUGUUGCAAGGCUCUUGGAAUGUUUUAGUGGAAGGUUCCGUGUUUAACGCGUUAAAUGCUGUGAUAAAUGUGAAAGAAUUAGAAAUCGACCAUCCAAUAGAAAUUGAAUUUUUGGAAGAAAUUGACAACGGAAGUUGUGCGAAAGUUUUGAGUGCGAAAAAUCUUCAGAGCAUACCAGAAACGAUGAAAUAUAUGAUCGAUGAUUCGGCACUUGAGUUCAAACAGUAUGACGUACAUAAAGGAAUUUUGGGAUACGAUGAAGUUGCGAAACGGUUCUUUGUUGAGAAAAAAGGAUGCGACAAACCCGAGAAAGUUGACAAAAAUGAAAAAGUUGGGAAUACAACUGAAAGUAACGAAACGCGCCCCAGUGGUGAACAUCCGCUUGAAGAAAAAAUUGAAGACUCGAACGAAAAGAAGUGUGAAGAGUAUAUCAAAGUUCAGUUGUUUAAUGACACGGAGAUUAUCUUCCCUGUGUCUGAGUUGGAUAAAGAGCGAGUAGUCAAACGUAAAAAAGUUGGGUCGAAUGAAGUGAAGAAGAUCUUCUUUAUCAACGACGAUGGGAAGAAGGUGUAUCGCUUUGCUGUGAAGACGUCGUCUAAGUUUGGAGUUCCACGAGUUCGAGAAAAUGACAAGUUCCGUUCUGAGAUUAAGAUUGAGAAGAGAAAAUUGAAAGGAGAUUUUGUGACGUCACAAGGAUUAGAAAAAGAGUCUGACAUUGAGUUUGGGAUUGGAAAUGAAAUGGUGAUCGUCGUUCCUGGUAAAAUGGUCGGUGACUAUUCCAUCUUUAAGAAUUAUGAGAUUUGGGAAAUGGAGAAGCAAAAGUUCAUCAUUUUCAACAAAGAAACCGAACUUGAGAUGCCAACAUUUUACACUGCUGGCAAUUAUAAACUCGUGAGGAAAGCUGGAUCUGUUUCAUUGUGUGCUAAUUGA